AUGACAGAUAUUGACCUGAAGCUUCCGGGGUUCCUGGAUUACUUUCUUGAAUUCCUGUUCCAGCAAGUGGAUCUGGUCGCCCUGCCAUCUUUUAAAACAGAAACACAAACAAUUCGUGGUCGGUUUCCCUGUUCUCAGACCACGCAAAUUUGGGUGAAUGUCCAAGAUUUUUACACGAUUUUGUUAUUGGAUAAUUUUGAAUUUCUUCUUCAUUUGGAUGACAGAAUGCAGCUCCCCGAAAAUGAAUUGUCACUCCAGCAGAUGAACCCAUCUGAGGAAGGAUCGAGGAUUAAGAAACUAAUCAAUGAAAUUUUAAAGGUUGCAGGCAAAGUCAAGCUUCUCCUCACUUCUUCAGAGAAAGUUUGUUUUCCGGAGGCAGGUCGAGAAAUGGUUCAUCUGUCGCCUUUUAAGCCAGAAGAAUCCGUUGAGCUUUUUAAAAGAGUUUGGAAGGAUAGGCAAGUCGACACAACCCAAGCACAUGGCUUGUCAGAGAUUUGCAGUGGUAUUCCCCUGGUCCUUUACACCCUGGCCUCCUCCCACAAUAACCUGCUAAGUCUCUUGAAAGAGAUGACCUGUUCUUCGCCUCAAGAAAAAUUCGAGUUCUUGACAAAGAUUCGAACGGUAUCAGAGGAUAUGAAGAUCAACGUUUGUAUCGAUUAUUGCUUCGAGAGGCUUGUUUCGAAAGAAAAGUGUGCCCUUAUCAGAUUUGCAUUACUUAGAAGGCGUUUUUCUCUGUGUGAAGCAGAGAAAAUAUUUCAAUCAACGGAGAUGAGUGCGUCCCAGCUCAGACGAUGUGGACUGGAACUGUCCCAGCGAUCACUUUUGGAAGAACACAUUAUUGGAGAUGAAUGCUCCUAUACCCUCCUUCGAGUAAUUCGUGAUUAUUGUGAAACUAAAGCAAUGGAGCAGGAGUUUUGUGAAGUGAUCUUAGAUGCUCGGAGGGCGUUUAUCCUUCAUUUUUUAACCUUUCUGGAAGACAUCUUUAAAAUGUUCCUGAGCCAGAACGCGUCAGAAGCUAUUGCAGCCUUUCAGAAAGAUGAGGCAAAUGUCAUGCAGCUCGUUGAAUGGUGCAGAAAUGGUAAAAUGGAUGAAGAACAAGCAGGAAAGUGCAUUGAUGUUUUCAACAACGUGGCGGAGCUACUGGCGAAGAUGAUGGCAAAGGCCAAAUUUAAAUUUGCCUUUGAAUCUUUACGAACGAGAUGCGAACAGAUGGAAGAUCAGACGAGACUGAGCGAUUGCCUCACAUCCUUGGGGAUGAAAGAAGUAUUCAGCUGCUCCUGUCCUCCAAUUGGUCUGUGUGCUUCCGCCGCUGAAAGAGCCAAAGAAUACUUCACGAGGGCUGACCAAAUCCAGGAUAAUCUUGGAGUUAGAACCGGUAACAGCCGAGCUCAGUGCCUUGCCAAACUUGGUCGAUGUCUCGCCAAAGAAGGCUAUUUUGAGGAGGCAAAUGAAAAAGUCCAACAGGCAAUCGACAUUCGAUGGGCUCAAGGAGAGAAUGACAUCGUUAUGCUCGGUGCAACGUUUAAUGAUCAGGGAGUGAUCCUUUCGCUCGAGGAAAAUCAUGAGCAGGCAAUCAAGGUCAGAGAAGAUCAG